CCCCCCCCGCACGCAGCCCCGCGCACGCGCACGCGUGCCUCCACGGCCGGGUCGCGGCUGGAGUGAGGAAGCGCGCUGUGGAGCAGCGGAGCUACGGCGCUGCUUCCACAGCUGCUGAGGAGGGGAGCAUGUCUGCAACUCGAGCCAAGAAAGUGAAGAUGGCCACCAAAUCGUGCCCCGAGUGCGACCAACAGAUUCCUGUUGCAUGUAAAUCAUGUCCCUGUGGUUACAUAUUUAUUAGCAGAAAACUACUGAAUGCAAAACAUUCAGAGAAAUCACCAUCUUCUACAGAAAACAAGCAUGAGGCCAAGAGGAGGCGAACAGAGAGAGUUAGGAGAGAGAAGAUAAAUUCUACAGUAAAUAAGGAUUUAGAAAACAGAAAGAGAUCUCGAAGUAACAGCCAUUCAGAUCAUAUCAGACGAGGAAGAGGAAGACCUAAAAGUACAUCUGCCAAAAAACAUGAGGAAGAAAGAGAUUGUUCCUGGUACAAAGAAAAGCAACUGAUCCAGAAGUGGUGGCCCACAUCUGGAAUCCAACACUUUGGAGCCCAACCCACCAGGAAGAUCCCUGCCAAUCCACAGCUCUCCUCGUGCUCUGGCUUCCCGGGGCUAUCGGGUGUCCAGAGAGAAGGCACAGGUCUGACAGCUCUCAUCAGGGCCUUCACCCUGGCCAGAGACAAGCAGAUUAACAUCGAUGCUGACUCCAAGUAUGCCUACAGCAGCAUCCACUCCAACACACUGGUCUGGAGACCUGGGAUUCUUAAUCCAGUGCCAAUGCCACUCGUACAGAAACUCCCAGAGGCAGUAUUGCUGCCCACCAUCCCAGUCGCAAUGGUACUCUGCAGGGGAUAUCAAAAAUAGACACUGUAUCUCCCUGGCUGAUAAACGGUGGCUAACCUGGCCAGGGAAGCUGCACUCAUCCACCAGGACCUGGAGAGACAGAAAGCUAAUCCCCACACCCUAUAAUGGUAAUACAUACGUUAAACCUCAAGCUCCCUGCCCCCAACACACCUGAGGUUCUUACCUACACACUCCCUAUUCUACCUGCUAAUCAGACUCUCACAUUCUUCAAACAAUACCCAGUCUGGCCCAGGCAGGAAGAGAAGGUUUUCCUUCUAUAGCUCUCCCAGACCUGAGACUUCUGUUUGUGAACUAACCUUAGGCCAUCACCUUCCCCACUCACCAGACGAGCAGCUGGCAGAAGCCCUCAGGUUGGCUUGACACAUAUUUCUCUGGAAAAGGGACACAAAUAUCUCUUGGUUCUAAUCGAUACUUUCUCAGGGUGGGUGGAGGUUUUUUCCUAUUGCCAACAAAAGAGCCUCCACCAUUACCCAGCUCCCUCUCUCUGCAAUUAUUCUCCUUUUUGGCAGGGGAAUUCCCCUUUUGGCUUCUCAACCUCUAUUCAGUCCAGCGAGUUCUCUUCAGUUAUCUGCAACACCUCAUUUCUUUUCUUAACAUACACUGGAAGUUCCAGGUCCCUUAUCGGCCACAGUCCUCUGGAAAGGUGAGAAGAACUAAUUGACCUCUUAAGAAUACUGACCAAACUCUCCCUAGAACUGAAAUUAGACUGGAUAAAGCUUCUUCUAGUCCUUUUGAGAAUCCGCUCCCUCCCCCCAAAUCCACACACCUCAGGCCUUUUGAGGUCAUGUGUUCUCCCUUGGGGCAUUUACCUCCUCCUCCCUCCCCCUGCAGAUACCAUCUCAACUCCUAUCAUUUCUCAGGCAGCCACUAUGGAAAAAGAACAUACUUCCUUUUCCUGGCCUCUUUCCCCACUGAAGAGGGAGACUCAGCCCUCCGGAUAGGAGACCUGAUUUACCUGGUAGAGGCCUAUCGCCCCACCCUGGGCCCCAAAUGGACAGGACCCUACAAAAUUAUUUUCCUGAUCCCUACAAAUGCUAAACUAGAAAACCAUUUAUCCUGGAUACACCUGUCCCAUCUUGAAAGACCUGUCUGCUCAUACAGAGCAGUCCCGACUGUGCCUACAACACUAAAAUAAGAUCCCUUCUGUCCCAGGACAGAACUGGGCCUAUACACUAAAACUCAGCUCCACUCUGUCCCAGAGCAGCCUGAGGGAACUGACCCCAAUGCUUAUUCUGUCCCAUCCUUCCCAAAGGACUUCCAGAAUGACCUUAAUUGGAAGCCACAAGCUGUCACCAUCUGGGACUACCCUCAGAUGUCCUUGAGGACUUGUGGCUCCAGGGAACUUUUAUCCAACACUCCAGACCAAAUCCAGUUUUUCUCCAUCUGCCUAUAUUUCCUUCUCUAAGCCCCGUUCUGUGACGUUCUGAAACCCCUGGACCUUAUCAUUUAGCUACGUUAUGGCUUUUCUUGGUGCUCCUGCUGUCUGUGAUGAUCCCCAUCCAUGACUGGGGUUGUGGGGAGAAGCUCCUGGUAAUCUUUUACCUGAUUAUUGUUUCAUUAGGUGCUACCUGGUGCUGUCCCUACGUCAGAACCCCAUUUUAAUUAUAAAAUCUGUCUUCUCUUACUCUCAAUCCUACCUCUGACCUACCCCUGCAAAACAUGUCUGAAAUCUUUUUUUUUUUUUUUUGGUUUUUAGAGACAGGGUUUCUCUGUGUAGCUUUGCGCCUUUCCUGGAACUCACUUGGUAGUCCAGGCUGGCCUCGAACUCACAGAGAUCCGCCUGGCUCUGCCUCCCGAGUGCUGGGAUUAAAGGCGUGCGCCACCACCGCCCGGCCUUAUGUCUGAAAUCUUAAAGGAGAGGUCACCCUGUUCCAGAAUCCUGGGUAACAACACUGGGACCAGGGAGGAAACUACAGCUUUUCUGUGGCUCUCAAUAAGACAGCCUGCAUGCAGGAAGCCCAUUUAGUGUCUUUUCAGAUGGUGCAUGACUUCUUGGCAAUGACAACCUAAUUGUCCCAGUCCUGUCAUGACCCUCAUUGAUGGGAACAAGCCACAUUGUAGCUCUGUGCCCUAGGGCCACAGUCCUGCUGUUGGUGACUGUAGGCACACCUGCUAGUCCUUUCUGCAGGACUGACCUUGUUCCAAUAUGUCUCCCCGAGUACCUGGCAGGGCCCUACCCCCCAAUGAUCACAUCACAUCAGUAGCUAGAACCCCCUGGACAUCUAGCUGGACACAGACUAGAAAAAAAAAUCAAGAAAUAAUAUAAUCAAGUUAAAAAAAAAAACCUUACAAACUGGACAAAGUGGGAUUUUGGCCUCAGUUGGGUAGCUAACGGCCUGGAGGUGAGAGCUGUCAGCCUUCCUGCUCCCAUCCGUUCCUCGGAUACACGUGGAGUCCCAGCUCCUCCCUCCUGUGCCAGCAGAUCUCAUUCCUUUGAUCCCAAGUCUUCCCUCCUUAAAAUGCUUGCCUCAGAAACAGCAGCCAUGAAAUGCUCUCUAAAAUUCAACCUGACCUAGGAAAAGACUGUUGGAUUUGUCCAAGAACAAGACAAGUUACACAGGCUUAGCUCAGAUCCCUUUAGCUACCAACUCCACAUCCAUGACCUGCCUCUGUGCCCUGCCUGUACAAAGUGUGGGCACAGCUGUCUGUGGGGCCUCCUCCCAACUGCACCAGGUUAAUUUCCAACUCAAAAGCCCCCGAUGGCACCUGUUUCACGUGCCCCAAUGACUUCUUCUCAUGUUCCUCUGUCAGUUCCUGCCUGGUUGUAUACUGAGUUCAAUCUUACAGUCAUUCCUAAAAUAAAUGACCACUCCACCCCUGUCUGAACCAAAAGGAACAGUGUAUUACUUCCACUCUUAUGAGGAGUCAUCACAGCAGGGGCUGUGGGCCUGGGGAGACCAGACGCUGGACUCUAACACGUACAAGAUCGCCAACUCACCCAACGAGGAGAUCUGAUGACACUGGUACAGGGCAACUCUGAAAAGCUCCCGACUCAGUGGGACUCCCUGGCAGCAAUGGCAUUACAAAAUGGAUGGGGAUUAGAUCUUGUUUGGCAGAGAAGGGAGGGAACUGUCCUAUGUUAGGGGAGGAAUGUUGCUUCUACCUGAACUUACCAGGUAUCUAAGGGAGAAUGCCAGACAGCUAAAAGAAUAGACUCAUGGGCCACAUACACCCCCACCAGGCUUGAGAAGUUUCUGGAGGCACUUGGGGAACAGGGAUUGUAAAGGCUAAAGUUAUAUUUUAAGUUUAAAUUAAUGUGAUUAAGAGAUCUAUACAACAAAAAUGCCUCCAACCUAGAAGCCCUACUUGUCCAAGAACAGAUGACUUCUUGGAAUGUGGGGGGCUGUUGUUCAUGUAAACAAGCCAUGUGUUUUCAUUUCUGUAAACAAGCUUGGUUGGCCCAAUUGCACAAGAUGUGCUUGGUCACACAUUGGUGGGAGGUAUGUAGGCAUGAAGUUAAGUCAGGAUGUAUGUUUGCCCCUGACUGGAUGAAGGCAAGAAGUGUAUAGUCUUAUAGGCUUUGCCUUUAUAAGAACCUAAGAUAAUUUGUGGCCAUUCUCUGGAAAUCUUGGGUAUGGACCUGGCCAGUGUCCAUCAUCCUGGCCGUUUAAUAAAGCUUGCUUCGAAUUUGGCUCAAAAA